AUGAGCAGCCAUUGGGUUCUAUUAGCCUUUUUCUGCUUGGGACAGCUGUGUGCAGAUCAAAGCCUGAAACCUCAGAUUGCAGCGCCUCAGCUUGCUACAAACAAUCCAACUCUCACUACAGUUGCUCUAGAAAAACCUUUCUGUAUGCUUGACAGCUCACUGCGUCCAAAUAAAUCUUAUGUCAUCUACUUGUACACAAUGAAAGAAUCAGCAAGUGCAAUAAGCUCCCUGGUGACUGACAACAACAGCAAACCACUCGACAGCACCUUCCAACAAACAAGUGGAGGGCAGCUCGGACCUUACAAGGCUGCCUUGUUCAAUGUACCCAAUUGUGCAUCACCUCCCAAACUUGCUGAUGUUGACAUCGUCAACAAAGUUUCUGAUGUCCUGAAACAAUACCUCUUCAGAGUUGGGGAUGAUGGGACUUGUUUGGAUGACCCAAACUUCCUAGCUGUCUGUAACCCACCUCUUGCACCAGACACAACAUACAGGUUUAAAUAUGUGUUGCUAGAUAGCACUGAAGGGAUCAUGAAAGACCAAACUCUCUGGUCUGAUCCAAUCAAAACCAGAAAAGGGGAUCAGAAGAUUCUUCUGCAGAGACAAGGUGUGUGUCUGGGACUACUCAACAGAGUGAACCGAGACCACAGUUAA